AUGGCAAGCUGUCAAUCAAAUGGCUAUCGUCAACCGCGCUUUCUCAUCUGGGGAGGCAACGGAUGGAUUGCUGGACAUUUGAAACGCCUUUUGGAGAAACAGGGCAAAGAAGUUCACACCACGACGAUUCGCAUGGAAAAUCGAGAGGCUGUCCUCUCUGAACUCUUCCUAACCAAGCCAACUCACGUCUUGAACGCUGCCGGAUGCACUGGCAGGCCAAAUGUCGACUGGUGUGAAGAGAAUAAGUCACAGACGGUGCGAUCCAACGCCAUCGGCACGCUCAACUUGGCAGAUGCCUGCUUCCAGGCGAAUAUCCACUGCACUGUCUUUGCCACAGGUUGCGUGUAUCAAUACGAUAAGGCGCAUCCCAUCGGAGGACGUGGCUACACGGAGGAAGAUCGCCCGAAUUUUGAGGGAAGCUUUUAUUCCCUCACCAAGAGUCAUGUUGAGCCGAUCUUGAGCAGUUAUCCAAACUGUCUCAUCCUUCGCCUACGCAUGCCCGUUAGCGAUGACCUCCACUCCCGUAAUUUCGUGACCAAGAUCAUUGGUUACGAUAGGGUGGUCGACGUCCCAAACAGCAACACUAUCCUCCAUGACCUUCUGCCAGCUUCCAUCAUUCUCGCAGAGCAUGGUGAAACUGGCGUGUAUAACUUUACCAAUCCAGGCGCCAUUUCACACAACGAGGUUCUCACGCUUUUCAAGGAUAUUGUGAGACCAGAACUAAGUUGGAAGAACUUUACGCUCGAGGAACAAGCCAAAGUCAUCAAGGCAGGCCGAAGCAACUGCGCUCUCGACACCACUAAGCUGGUUACCAAGAUGAAGGAAUACAAAUAUGAGAUCCCCGAGAUUCAUGAAGCAUAUGAAAAAUGCUUCAAGCGAAUGAAGGCUGCGGGUGUCCAAUAAGGAUAGCCUAGUGUUGCGGCAGUCUGCUAAUGGUUCAUCUGUGUGCAUGAUCUACCUGUUAGUGACGUAUCUGUUUGGGACCCGCGGCAAUUCUCUGGGCUUGAUAUUAAGUAGCCAGUUGU